AUGACGUUGUUUAUCUCUGCAAUUAUAGUUGUAUGUGUUCAAAGUCAACUGAUAACGGAAACACCUUAUAACACGGUUGUUUCUAAAGAUGGAACCGGAAAUUUCAACACAAUUGCUGGAGCAAUAUUGGCGGCCCCUGAUCACAGUGUCAAGCCAUUCUUCAUAAAAAUUAAGAAAGGCACGUAUCAGGAAUAUAUUAGAGUUGAUAAAAAGAAGACUAAUAUAUUCCUGAUUGGAGAAGGGAUGAAUACUACGAUAAUAACGGGUAAUAGAAGUUUUGUCGAUGGCAACCGAACCUAUGACACCGCGACCGUAUGGGUCGCUGGUAAUGGCUUCAUAGCCCAAGACAUAACUUUUAGAAAUAAUGCCGGACCCAUAAAACAUCAGGCUGUGGCAUUACGAGUUGACGCAGAUUUGGUGUCCUUUUAUAAAUGUCGUUUCGACUGGUAUCAAGACACCUUGUAUGUGAAAAGGCAACGUCAGUUCUACCGCGAUUGUGAAAUCUAUGGCACCAUAGAUUUUAUAUGUGGUGACGCAACAGCUGUGUUCCAAAACUGCUUGAUUGAAGCUCGCACUCCAAUGGCGAGGCAAUAUAACACAAUCACAUCGCAACAUAGAGAGCUUGAGUCCUUACCAACUGGAAUAGUGCUUCAAAACUGCACUAUAAAGGCUACCCGCGAUUUGGAGAAAUUGAACAACGUCACGACAUUUUUAGGUCGGCCAUGGGGUAUAUUUUCUAGGACUGUGAUAAUGGAAAGUUAUAUCGAUAACUUGAUAGAUCAUAGAGGAUGGGUUGAGUGGAUUGAAUCGGCAAAUAAAUCUGUUGUUAGCCGCCGACCAUAUUAUCUGGAGUAUAAGAAUAGAGGGCCGGGUGCUGUCACGAAGGGACGUGUGACAUGGGCAUCCGUCACUACGGAUCCUAAUAUUGCAUCAGAUUUCACGGUUAGAAACUUUAUAAGCGGUGACCAGUGGAUUCCCGCAAAUAUCCCUCAUUACUUAGAUUUAUCUUGA